UAUUGAUAAAUAGAUAUAAACAAAUUAGUAUUAAGUUUAUUAUUCAUCUAUUUGAAAAAAUGAAUGAGGAAACUGGGGAAAAAAAUACAAAGUCAAAAUUACGCAAUGUGCUUAAAGCCAAACUACUCUCAAAUGAUGGAUUUGAAGAGAAUGAAGCAAAUAAGAUUGAUGAUACUGAUUCUGAGAGCUGUGAUUCAGAUAAUAGAGCCAAUUAUAAGGAUGCAUCAAACACUCCACUUGAGGAGAGAAGAAUCAGAAAUCGUUUGGCAGCAAGAAAGUGCAGAGAAAAAAGAAAGCAAAGAAUAUGGAAUCUAGAGAAGAUAUGCAGCUCACUUGAAGAACGUAUAUCAGCAUUGCAUAAAGAAAUAGCUGGCCUAGACAAUCAAAAAUCAAGUUUGAGCAAACUGUUACAGAAUCAUGCGUGUUGCCGCUUUGUUACCUCAAAAAAUAUGUUUGUUUAAUAAUAGUAAUUAAGUAUUGUCGCUUUGCUACCUCAAAAAAUGUUUAUUUAAUCGUAAUUAUGUGCUAUUGUUUUAAUUUUCUAAACAAAAAGAUGAUGUUAAUAGCGUUUUAUAUUCAUAAACAAUUUUUAUUUAAAAUCUGUUAAAUAUUGAUACGAAUUAUGAUUAGACGGUGUUAUGCAACCUUUAACGUGUUUAAAAUUUUUAUAAUAAGACUUUGUGAUUUCGUUUAUCCAAUUGUGAUUGUCGUUUAUACGAAAACGAGCAAAGAUCAAUUAUAUCGAAGCAGUUUUUGUUUACACAUUUAAAAAUUAAAAGCCUUUGUUAUCUUAGAAAACACAUUUGCCUCAAAAGUCUUUGUUGGUUAAUUUUUUGUUACGUAAUGCCGUCUAAUUCAAACACGAUUAAUAGUUAAAUAAGCUUGGGGGUCCUACGUCUUCAUGUCAUUCAGUUGAGGUUUGUGUAACAUUUUUUUUAUUAUUUUGCAACGAGUUUUUAGGGGAAAAAACAUUUUUACAAAAAAUUAAAUGCUUCUAUUUAAAAAAUAUUUUCUGUAAUAUAUCAUUUUUGAAAAUUAUAUUUUUUUAAAGCAUUUAGCGUGAUUUAUAUCGCUAUUUAUAAAGCAAAAUUUAAUUUAUAACGCCUUAUGUUUACCAUGACUAUGUUAUUCAAAAUAUAACAAUAAAAUAUCUUCCGAA